AUGUAUCGCCGGAAAAUCUUUUCAACAAUAGUGAGCGCAGGACUGCUCCUAAUACCUUCUGUAUAUGGUCAAUUUCCUGGGAAGAAUACAAAUGGUGAGGGUUCUGGAAGUGGAAUAAAUCUCGAAGAGGCAACAGGAACCCGAGAAUCUUCACCAGCUCAAACCACAAUAGCAACUUCAACGUCGGACAAUUGCAAUCGCCCUGUUCAGCUUAUUGGGUUAUCAAACGAUGGGCCAUAUAUCCCCGUCUUUAUCGACGGCACAGGCCCCUACAAUCUUGCUGUUUCUUUCGAAGAAGAAGGGACCUAUAUCUUUUCCCAAAAAUUCUGCAGAGAAGCUCUUGGAAUAAAUGGCGAGUCCUGCUUUUACACGGCCUCCCAAAGCGAGUUAGGAGCCGAUGAUGAAGAGCAUACUGUCAAUACUGGAGAGGGCGGGUUUGAGUUCGAGUAUAUUACUCAACCUACAGAAGCGAAGAUAGGCCAAGAAAACAAUAGCGUCGUCUUUGAAAGAUACCCCAUCAGGGUCGUCGAUGAUGUGGAUUCCAGGAGCUUGCCGCGGCUGCGCGCUCGAUUCGGGUCAAGAGGGGUAUAUGGAAUUAUCGGAUUAAAGAAUAGCGGAGAUUUCAUCCGACGACUAUCUUCAGCUUGUGGACAGUCUGGCUGGGGGAUUCACCUGCAACCUGGAUCGUUCUUUUCGUUUGGGGGGAUCGAUUCUCAAGCAAGUGCGAUCGGGACAAAUAAUACUGACGUUGUGGUCGACCUAGUGGGUGGAUAUAUUGGUGAGAUUCAACCAAUUACCACUGGUUUCUCAAGUUCUCCCAACAGCGGUUUUACCAGAGACAUCCGGGUUGAUCCAAUGGCCCCCUACAACGUUGUCCCGAGUGACAUUGGAAACGCUGUCGAAGGCGGGCUUGCGGCUGGCUCUAGUGUCGAUAUCACAUUGGCUGGUGUUACUUUCAACAUACCGUGGACAGGUCUCGUUCAUGCUGGCGCGAUAAUUACAAGGCGAGAAGCUACGAUGAUACUCGGAGCUCCAUUUCUUCAAUAUAUAUACGCUGCUACCCUCCCAGGCGGACGACAAAAUAUAGUUAUUGCUAGAGAUAGCGGCGCGAGUACCGCAGAAUUCAAACCUUUCUCCGAAAUUUUAACGACUCUGCCUACCAAAACUCAACCGGGGAACUCACAAUCCAGCAGCCCUAAUAGUCCGGACAGAAAGGUCGAAAACUCCGGUGAUGAUAACUUUGAUGAACCAAUGGCAUCGGAUCCUAUGAUGGUGAAAUCAAGCAACAACAUUGGGGCCAUUGUGGGAGGGGUAGUAGGCGGCGUCGUUGGUCUUCUCAUAAUUCUUGUCGCAGCUUGCUGUUUUUACCGUCGCCGCAAGCUUAUGAAGGGUAAUAGCCCACGAGGCGUUGAAAAGGAAUACGAAGCCGACUUUGAUGCAGAAAUAGGUCAUCACGAUGGAUUCCUCCCGCAGUUCAAAGAAUCGGGAUAUGCCACUCUUCCAACCCCACCCCCACCACCAGGACAAGAAGCAAGGCCUCAAAUCCCAUCCUUGAUAUUGGGGUCGCCUAUAAAUGCUCAAUACGACAGCCAGACGGAAUAUACCCCAAGUCUUCACCCAUAUCACGACGAAUCACCUUCUAGAUCACUGAACGUCACACCUCUCCCGCCACCAUCUCAAACCCCCAUAUUAACAAUCCCUCCAGUCCCUGAACGACGACUUUCAAUAACCCCAUCUCUCUCAAUUGAGCCACCUUCCCCUCUUUCUCGGAAUGUAAGCGCGGCUUCGCGUCAAAACUUCCCGAGUAUAUCACAGUUACAGCGCAACCGAUCAAAUGUUCGUGCUGUACCCGAAGAAGAUGACUACGAUGUUGUCAGCAUGGCUUCCGGGCCAAUAUAUAACCCGAUCCUAGCAUCACAGGAAGCUUCGUCGUCAGCUCCACGACUACCAUUUACACACCGACCAGAGAGUGGUGGAGCCAUGGGGAUGACAGAUAGAGGCGCAGGACUAUAA